CGGGGUUCAUUGGACCCAAAAGUUUGCUAGCAAUGACCAUGGCUAUAGAUUCCCAUGGCUAACAGAAUUAUACGACCCUGCAUUGAUGAAACCACGUCAGUGGACUAAAAGAUGCUAACCCGUUGGGAUGUAAAUCGGUUUCCUCAUGCGUGAAAUUCUGGCCACACUCACAGCCCGCCGUCGCCGACCCCAAGUUCACUGGACAAUAACGACUCUGCCCCUGCUUAUCUAUGACCUGUACCUUACAGGCUUGCCUCUCGGUGCUUGGGGCGUGAUUGGUAGUCUGAUCCUUUUUGCAAUCCUUCCUGCCCCUUGAGUAUCGCCAAGGGUCGAGUUAGCAGCCAUAUACGAAGUUAGACCAC